UAGGAAUGUACAAUGCUUACUAGGACGGAGAGACUAUUAAAGAGAAAAGUAAAAUUGAAAUAGAAGCUUUCCUUUUCUCCGCAAUCGCAUUAUUUCUCUCUUCCUCCCUUGUCACUUUCAUUUUUCCUUUUAUCUUCUCUGUUACUAAAGCUUAAUACUGUAUCACUUCUUGCGUUGGAAACCUAAAUUUAAUUUCCCGAUAAGAAAAAGCAAUCUCUAAAUUGUAGAAGCUCUUUUGCCCAUGGAGUUCUUCGAACACUCAGUAAAACAAAGCAAAUCUAGUGAAGCAGACAUGGAAAAACUGAAAUCAUCUUCAUCAUCCGGAGAUGCUGGCAUGGAAAAUAACUCAUCUGCUGGUUUUGAUUGCAAUAUCUGCCUAGACCUUGUUAGAGAACCUGUCAUAACAUUUUGUGGUCACCUCUACUGCUGGCCCUGCAUCUAUAGGUGGAUGCACCAACCCGAUAGUUCUUUUGAUCGACAGCCUCAGUGUCCUGUUUGCAAAGCUGAAGUCUCACGGAAUACUUUGAUACCCCUCUAUGGUCGAGGGCAGUCUGGAAAACAGUCCGAUCACACAGGUAGCAUACCGAAACUCUCUGUUCCUAAUAGGCCUAGCAGUCCGGGUUGUGGGGUACACACACUUAUAACUGCUACAUCGACUAGUUCGCAUCCUAAUCAACUACUCAAUUACGGUGGCUACCCUCAUCAUAACCAAGUACAUCCACAUUACUCGUUAGACGAGUACUCUCAAUCACCAACAUUCGCGUUUGCAGGAACCACAACAUAUAAUCCUAUGAUCAACAUCUUUGGUGAGAUGAUUUAUGCUCGAAAUUUCGGGAAUCAACAAACUACGAUUUAUGAUUGUCCAAACACAUACAGCGUUGUGACUAUGAAUAGUCCAAGGCUGAGACGGCAUCUUAUGCAGGUAGACAGGUCAUUGAGCAGAGUAAGUUUUUUCCUGUUAUGCGGCAUUAUCUUUUGCCUGCUCCUGUUUUGAAUCGAUUGAACUACAAUAUUCUCAACAUAUAUCUAUCUUAUACCUGUAAUCCUGUAUAUAUGAAAUGAGAAUGGGUAUCUGACUGCAUUUCUUACAGAACACUGUCUAAUCAAGAGUACUUGCUAUUCAUCCACCAGUAUAUGUUGUAUCACAAAUUCUUGUAUGUGACGGUCUUGCCGUAAGACAUGCCUCAUAUUUAGAUUAAAUAGUCCAAUAAUAGAAACUUUUAGUUUAUAAGCUUCUUGUUUUGAGGUCAUCUCACCAUGAGACGGUCUUAUACAAGAUGGAUUGUGUAUGUAUAAUAUAUGUACUUAAUGUAUUAGAAAAAGCAAAGUCAAUUUAAAAUCUUUUGCUUGAUUCA